AGGGGGCGCUGUGGCGCUUAGGCGCGGGAAGUUUUUCAAAGCUCUAGUUCCCUGUUUGGCGGGAAGGGAAACCUAGUUGUUUCUUUCCUUGCAGCGGUGGAAGGCGCCUCUAGGAUCCAGCCCUGGUUCUCCCAAGUCGGCAAGGGAAGGCGUUUUGGCACCGCGGAGACCUUCCCGUCCCUCUUCCCACAUUUCCUGCAACGCUGACAGACCUGGAGGGAUGAAUGGGACUCUGAUUCCUGGAACGCCCAUCGCAGUGGACUUCUGGAGUAUCAGGAAAGCUGCCCAGGCCCGCUUGUUUUUCCUCUCCCAUAUGCACACGGACCACACAGUGGGGCUGUCCAGCACCUGGAACCGGCCUAUUUAUUGUUCUCCUGUUACUGGCCAAAUCCUGCGCCUCAAGCUGAAGGUGGCUGAUCAAUGGAUCCAUCCUCUAGAAGUGGGAGAGAACCAUGUCUUGGUCUUGGAUAAGAUUGGGAAAGAGACCAUGACAGUGACCUUGAUUGAUGCUAAUCACUGUCCUGGAUCUGUCAUGUUCCUUUUUGAAGGCUACUUUGGAGUCAUCUUAUACACAGGUGAUUUCCGCUACUCUCCAAACAUGCAGCAAGAGGAGGCUCUGAAGAAUAAAAAGCUUAUCAACACUUUGUAUCUGGACAAUACCAACUGCCAUCCCAGUUCUGUCUUACCAUCCAGAGAAACGGCAACUGAACAGAUCAAAGAACUGAUUAGGGCCCAUCCGUCUCACCUAGUUAAGAUUGGUGUCUACACUUUGGGAAAGGAAUCCCUCUUGGUAGAACUGGCCCACGAAUUCCAUACUUGGGUUGUAGUGAGUCCUCAGAGGCUGGAACUCAUGCAUCUGCUGGAACUGGAGGAUGUGUUCACCUCUGAGGAAGGGGCAGGGAGGAUUCACGCUGUGGAUUUUUCUGAAAUCCGCCAAGCAACUAUGAUCAGCUGGAAUCAGAGUCACCCAACCAUAGCCAUUCUCCCCACCAGCAGACAAGUGAAAAUCAACCAUCCCGAUGCCUAUGUUGUACCCUAUUCAGACCACUCCUCUUUCCAAGAGUUGCUGGAGUUUGUAGCUUGGCUAAAGCCUUGUUCCAUAAUCCCAGUGGUAAACGGCGAGGCAUGCCAGAUACAUUUCGAGCAAUAUUUGACACCUUGGAAUGGUUCCAUUCUGGAGUCCAGAGUCCCUGAAUCAGUAACAAGAUUCAUGCAAAGUAGCAGGGAGUGGGAAAAGCCCUUCAAAGUGCAAAAACAGACUUCCGCUGACCGAGUGCCUAGAGGAGUUUUGUUUGAAUCCUUAGAAGAAUGUAUUAAUCCCAUUGAAAAUGACUGCAGUGAAGAAAUGCCCCAGCAAAGCUGCUCAGAACCCACGAAAGGGUGUGUGCCUUACUGCAAAGAAGCGUGUGUUGAAUGUGAGGAGGCGAGAGAAAGAAAUGAGGCAGAACCAAAAACCCUUCAAAGCCAACAAGAAACUUUACCAAUGCAAUCUCCUUGUGUAACGUCCACACAAAAACUAGACAAGUUCCAUCAGUCUCAAAAAUGUCACACUACUCCAGAAGCAACACACACACUCUCUUUAUCAAUGUCAAAGCAGGAGGCCUGUUUCACAGUCAGACAGUUCCCUUUAGGGAGUGACAAAUUGUGCCGUUUGGCCACAGAAAACCGUGUUCCCUCAGCAUCACUACAUCCCCUUCAAGCUGAGAUACAGGGCAAGUUCACACUAAAGUUCGAAGCAUUCCAGCCUCUCAGUGACCAGCCUUCACGAAGCCUUCUCCCAGAAUAUGAUAUGUGUCCACUCAACAGGCCAAAGCAAUGGUCCGUCCAUGACUUUGACUGUCAGGUUGAAAAUUACUUAAAAAGAGGGAAAAAGUCUGCAUGUGUGGACCAACGCAAAUUUGUGUUCAGGUAAAAAUUUCUGGUAAAACCAAAACCUAGGAACCAAAUCCCAAGAGCAAAUAGUAACAGAACAAUCUUAGUGUUACAUUUCUCAAGUUGAAUUUGUAAGAUUUUAUCAGUCAUUGGUAAUGAAAAUAAAUUGCAACCAACUUGGUUGAGAAGAAGAGCUAGAACUAAAAGCUGGGUGGUUUGUCUCAAUGACCCUUUCAGAAAUUUUGCACAGUUUUUUACAAGUUCCUAUGAACAUUAAGUGUUCAUGUUCAUGUUAAGCUUAUGCUGGAGAAGUAAUCCUAUCCCCUUUCAAAGUUUAUGAAAUACUGAAGUGUUCUCUUUUUUGCCUGUGAAUUAAAGACAGUUUUAGUCAUUACCUCUAAUGAGUAUUAGUGUCUUGAGAAGGAAAUUUAAAAUAAUAACUAGCCCCAUUUUUAUGCAAUUCUUUGCUCAUUUGGAAAACACGGUCACAUACAUUAGUGCCUUAGGCCUCUUACAGGCCCUUGCUUUCUACACCAUCCAUCUAAAAUGAGAGAAAUGCAGAUUUUAUCAUAUUUAUCACAUCUUCAUCUAUUUUAUUUAUUGUGUCAGAAGGAAAUUGAGAAUACAGUUAUAAUGUAUAAAAAACCACAAACAAAGUUAACCUUUAAAUCUAAGGGAAAACUAAAACUAGGCAAGUUGAUAUCCCAUUUGCUUGGUUCCAAGUACUGGGAUUCAACUCCACACUACCCAAGUCUCAAGUUCUCAGUGAGGAACAGUUUAGUUAGCUUAGAAUAGUCUGAGGGUUUCCCUUCCUCUAUGUGUGUAUUUUGUUCUCUCUGUUUCUGCUCUCAUUCUGAUUGGUUGUGUAGAAUGGAUAGUUUUUUACUGCAAGUCUUUUAAACCUGACUUCUGUGUCUUGCAUCAGAUAACUGGUAUGUGCUGUGUGCUUUGAGAUCUCUCUCUGCGUAUGUGUCUGAGAGAUGUAGUGAUUGGUGUUUUCCCCCUUUCUUUAAAACCUUAGAAGAGAUGGGUGUCAGAGAAGCUCAGACCCAGUUUUUUACCAUGAAGAAAUGUAGUUAUUUCUUUAUUAUUGUAAAUAAAACUUUUGUAAUUUUUAAA